GGAGGGAGGACGGAGGCGGGAGGCGGGGAUGGAGGGGAGUUGCGUGCUGGGUGGAGGCUUCCCCGCCGCGCAGUGGCCGCCCAAGUCCGUGCCGCGCAAAACCGUGGAGUCCAUCCCCAUCAAAACCUUCCGGACCGAGCUGCUCGCGCUCAAAGCCGCGGGGCUCAACCUCACCACCCUUCGCUACCUGCUCUACUCGGCGCCGGGGGCGCUGGCAGUGGAGGGCGUGGUGGCGCGGCUAGGUGCCCUGCGGCGGCUGACGGGCAGUGCGGAUGAGGUGGAAACGGUAGACCUGUGGGUGCGAGCUCCGGCGCUGAUGACGAUGAGUGAGGCGGACCUGCGAGAGCGGCUUGAGGCGGUGGAGGCGGUGAUGGGCAAGGAGGGCAGGUCUGCCGCCUACGUGCGCGACCUGGUGCGCCUGCACCCGGGUGUGCUGGCGGCGCGGCCCGAGGCGCUGGACUGGCGGCUGGCGCUGCUGCGGGAGGCGGGCGGCGCCGUGCGCAGCUGGCGGCAGGAGCUGGCGGGCGCGGCGCCGCGGCGGCUGGGGGCGCUGCUGACGGCGCCCAAACGGUCGCUGCUGCGGCUCAAAUACACAGUGGAGCGGGGCUCUGCGCCGCUGGGCAUGGCCGCCAUAAUCCGCUGGAGCGACGCCGAGUGGGCCGCCCGCCAGCCCGACUUCGCCGCAUGGGAGGCCGACUUCCUGGCGUUGGAGGCGGCGGAGGCGGCGCUGGACGCGGAGCGGCUCAGCGAGUGGGCGCUGCUGCCGCUGACAUGAGGAGGGAGAGGGGGAGGGAGAGGGGUUGCGGAGAGAGGGUGUGAUGAAGAGGGGGGGCAUGCAGCUGGGUGUGGGGGCGCGGGCAGGGUGGUGGGUGCGCCGCUGUCGUGAUGCGUUGUGCGCAAUGCGACAUGUUGGCACUUCGGCUUUCCGAGUCACGGCGCCCAGUCAUGCCCCAGGGUGGCGAGAUUUGUUUGUUUGCUUGGGCUGCUGCGUCAGGCAUGUGCCGCUUGAGGCUUGUGGGCAGCUGUGGCCCCGGGCCUCGGGAGUGGCUGCAGCGUUAUGUCCGUGUGAACGCUGUGGACUACAUGACUGUACGGUACGUUUCUAUGAGCAUACACUACAAGUACUUUGAAAUAGAAGUAGAAGUAGUUACACCCCGACGCGGCAGUAGUGUAGGUCAAGGGAGCGGGGGGAUGAUGUAGCACCCCCGCUACCGACAUUUGCGUUGAAGGCUUAAUGCUACAUGUGAAUUCAAUCCUAAUCAGCUGACGGUGGGGUGGGAUGCGCCUGCACUAGUCAGAAGCACAGCUCGUAUGGGAACUGGAAAGCAUAUUGAGGGCAGGGUAUGAGUGGUGCAAUGGCCACGUCUGCCCCUGACGGCCCGACCUCCCAACAGAUGAAGGUGCAUUGCUUGGCGAAGUCGGACAAAAGCCUGACGAGCAAGGGACAUUAUGUUUGGUUGCGCUGACUGUUACUUGCGGCAUGUACCGCAGCUUGCACGUUCGUGUGCGUUAUUACGUGGUGCGUGGGAUGGAUUUGCAUUGUGCGUGGGCCCAUGAGGCCAAGUGUGUACUACUGCCAAGCAUGGUCGAACAACGAAGGCGCGGGACGGAAAGUAACGCGCGGGGAGCCGAGGACACAGCUCAGCGAGGAUGCUCGGGAUGGUGUGGCCUCAUGCAGACGUAGCAUGUCCAUGAUGUGGGUUGGCAUAAUGGCAUGCACCUCUGCACCCCAGAGGCAGAGGGCGGUACGCACGAACUAUAACGGCAGGGAAUGGCGGGUGAUGAUGCUGAUUGCGGAGCAAGGUGGCGACACAGCAGGCCGGUAGCUAGGAGGCGGCAGAUCCCCUGGCGCUGGCAGGGCGCGCCGCAAACUGGCCACACGCCGCCCGCCGACUGGUCGACUGGAUGUAUGGAUCCACGCCGGCAUUGCGUUUCACAGAGAAGCAGGUCUGAGUGGAGGGCACUUGGCUGGCGCUGCUGUGGAGUGGAGCGUCCCUGCAUUUAUUUGCCUUGAAAGAGCGAGGUGACUGUGCCUCGUGCCUUGUGCCUUCGGCUGGGGGCGGGGCUAUGGCAGCAUCGGUAGCCUAGCGCAGGCGCAGUACCAGCAAGCU